CGCAUUUUGGUCUCUUCAUUUACUUCUUUCUCGCUUUCUCUUUUACUUUUCAGGCAGUUCUCACUUUUCCCGCAUUUUUCUUUCUUCUCCUUCUUCAGCUUUCCAAGAAAAUACUCCUUUCAUCUUCCAUUUAAGGAAAACAAAUUUAAAGAAGGAAGAAAUAAAGAAUUUAUAAUAAUAAUUUUUGUUUUCAGUUGCAGCAUCCCUUUGCCAGUUGCAAGUGUAAUCAUCAUCAUCACACCACAAAUGUCAGCUUUAGUUUUUCUUCUUAAAAUAUAUCAAAGUUCUGAGGGGACAAAGUUGCAGUUCAUUCCCUGCCAAACCAAGAACAGAAAUUAAAAAAUUCCACCAAGGAAUCUCUCAUAUCCACAAUUCUCUGCCUUUUGUUCAUAUCCCAUUGCAUUUCUUUACUAGCUACAAAAACUCCUGUCCUUACAUCUGUACUGAGGUAUUUUGUGGUAUUAUUUUCUGUAUGUGUGUUCUUGAAUUUUGAAAUCAUUUUUGUUUCUUUAAAAGUGGGCGUGUAAUUCUUUUUUGAUAAUCUUAAGUUGGCUCUGAAAAGACUCAGUUUUGAGGAAGAAAAUGGUAAGUGAUACUUGUGGGUAAGCAAUCCCAGUUUCCCGGUAAAGUUUGUGGGAGGAUUCUUCAGUUUGGAUGGUGAAAUGUUGUUUGAUUGGGAGGUUUGAGAUUUCUUAGUGGUUUUGGGGACUUGUUGGGUAGAUGUAAUACAUAUCUUAUCAGGCUCUUGAAGUAAAAAUUCUGCAUCAUUUAAGGUAUUUAAAACCCAAUGUUAUUGAAGCACUAUUAGUGGGGUUUUGAUUGUGAAAAGUUAGUUACUUGUAGAGAUUGUUCAUACCUGCAUUGUUGGGAUGAUUUGAGUAUCUAAUAAUCUUAAGGUCUGGUAGAAUUGGUUAUGUAAUGGCAGAUGUGUUUAGGACUGGAAUGGAGACUUUUAGAUAAGCAAACAAGAAUUUCUAUGCAAUGUCUGGGACUGCAAAAAUAAGGUCCACGAACAUGGCUGAUUCAGAGGUGAGGCCGAUUCUAGGACCAGGAGGGAACAAGGCUCAGAGGUUGAUUGAUUCCCGGAAACAUGUGGUAAAGCCGUUGAAGAAGGAAGCAGUGCCUGUGGAAGAUAAAAAUGGUAGCUUGCCAGCUUCUACUCGUGCCGAAUCAUCCCCUUUGUUGCAUUAUGUCAGUGUCCCCUCUACACUUCAUCGGCAUGAGUCAUUGUUAUGUUCUAACUUGUCCCUGAGUGCUUCAUGUUCUUCUGAUGCUUCGACGGAUUCUUUUCAUAGUCGGGCUUCAACUGGUAGGAUAUGUAGAACGAUUAGUAAAUCUAGUAGGAAGGAGUUGGCCUUAAAGGCAAGAAAUGGUGCUGUAUCAAAUGGUGUUACAGAAUCAUUAACUGAAGGAGUACAGGCUAAAAGAAGAUGUGCCUGGGUGACAGCUAACACUGAUCCAAUUUAUGUUGCUUUUCACGAUGAAGAAUGGGGAGUUCCAACUCAUGAUGACAGGAAAUUAUUCGAAUUUCUUGUCCUUUCUGGGGCUUUAGCUGAACUUACAUGGCCUGCCAUUCUCAGCAAAAGGCACAUAUUUAGGGAAGUGUUUGUUGAUUUUGAUCCAACUGCUGUUGCAAAACUGAGUGAAAAGAAGAUAAUAGCACCUGGAAGCCCUGCAAGUUCACUACUAUCCGAGCUUAAGCUGCGUUCGAUCAUUGAAAAUGCUCGCCAAGUAUCAAGGGUAAUAGAUGAGUUCGGGUCAUUCGACAAGUACAUCUGGAGUUUCGUGAAUUACAAGCCUAUAGUUGGCAGUUUCCGUUACCCUCGCCAGGUACCGGUAAAGACCCCAAAGGCAGACGUAAUAAGCAAGGACCUCGUCAGACGGGGUUUCCGGAGCGUGGGCCCCACGAUCAUCUACUCAUUUAUGCAGGGCGCCGGUAUAACAAAUGAUCAUCUCAUGAGUUGCUUCAGAUUCCAUGAAUGUGGCGCAGCCAAAGCUAAGGAAGGAAGUCCCUUAACGAAUAAAGACGAGGAAGAGAAAGCCGACUCAGAGGUUUGCAGAUCGAUCGACGAACUGAGUUUCUCCUUUGCAACAACUUGAAUCGUGUCGGUGGAUUCAUUUUCUUGUACAGUGUAGUAAACUGUAAUCUUAACGGAGCUGUUGCUGUCGGACACGGGAAACGCCAACUCAGCAAUGUGUAGGCACCGAUUGGUUCUUGUUGCUUGAGAAAUGCACAGCAUUGUUGAAUCUUGAAUGGACCCAUAACAGCGACCUGCCGACAAGAGUUUACAGCUCCAAAUGUGAAUCUCUUUAUCAUACUUAAUAUUUGUGCCCUUUCAGUCAGUCUCGUUGCUUUGUUUUCUCAUGUGUAGAUCAAGUCAUCAAGGGUUAAGUUGAAAGUGACGAGUGGUUAGGUUGUCACUAAAGCUGCCUACCUAUUCUAAUUUCUCACAUUGAGUCAAGUGGGUGAUUGAUGCUAUGCCCAAUAAUGCUCACUUGGAUUGAUGUUGCGUUGAAUAUCUUGUGUUACCUGAUAGCUAAAGAAUGAUGAAAAACACUUGAUGACUUGUUGAUCUUAAGACAUUCUCAGCA